AUGAUUGGUUUCAAAUCCCUCUUGGGGUCAUCGCCCGCAUUUAUGGGUCCCUUACGAGUAUUGAAUUUCCGCUCUACACCAAGAAUUACUUUUGCAUUGACUCGUACAUAUUCUCAAUUGGUGCUCAACCACCAUCGGGCUUCUGGCCCAGUCAGUUUCUACUCGAAACCAGCAUCUUUGCUCAAUUUUGCCAAGUACUCGACUAAAACUGCACCUCCACCUCCUCCACCUCCGCCAUCUGACAAAAAUGCUAGAGGCAGAGCCAUUCUUAACAGGAUCUCCCGCGUAUUCACCUUCUCUAUUUCGUCGGUGUUAGUAGUGGGAGCACUUGGUGUGGCAGGACUUGUGAUUUACUUGAUCCUCUCGGAGUUAUUCUUGCCUUCCGGAGACACCAAAACCUUCAAUAAGGCUGUCAAGCUCAUCGAAAAGAACGAGCAGGCCCAGAAGGCUCUUAAUUUUGCUCCUGGGGAACGUCUCAAGGCCUAUGGAGAGGUUCCAGGGGACAAAUGGGUUAGAAACAGACCCGUGCAGAGCGUGAGACAAAGGGGUGCUGACGGCAAGGAUCGUUUGGUGAUGAGAUUCCAUGUGGAGUCAGCUAGUGGCAGACAUGCUCGUGUUCUGUUGGAGCAGAUCGACACAUCAUUCUGGUCGUCUGAAUUUGCCUACAUUGCAUUGGACUUGCCUUCGAAACACAGGAUUUACGUUGUGGACCCUAAGUUCUUGCCGCUGAACUACGUGCCUAGAAGCGGAGCCUUGGGUAAGAACAACGGCUUCUUGGGCCUCAAGUGGGGCCCCAAGAAAGACGACUAA